AUGCCCCGACCAUUCCAUACGUUCUCCACCCCUUCCCCACACCCCGCCGACCCCCUGCCGCCUCUCCGUCCGCCUCUCCGCCCGCCUCUCCGUCCCCCCCUCCGCUCCUCCCCUCCUCUCCUCCCUCCCUCCUCAACCCCCUCCCGCUCUUGCCACGGCCCUGGCUCUCUCCUCUCUCCCUCCCCGCAGGCGGCGGUGGCGGCCCUGGCUGCCACGGUGGACACACUCACCUCUGCGGGUUACCACAUGAUCCGCGGGCCGCUCAGCGCGCUGCUGCAGCCCGCUUUCCUGGACACGCACGUGCGCGCGCGCAACGUUCACGCCACACCUCAUGCUGGUCUUGCUCCCUCACACCAUUUUUCUGCUCCCCUUUUCCCUCCCACCAUUCUCUCCCUCCACUUCUCAACUGCCCCUCCCUCUCCCUCCACUUUUCCCCCCUCCUUCCAAGAUCCUCCCCUCCCCCGUCCUCUUCCCCAUCUCCUGAUUACCCUCCUGUCCCUCCCUCCGUUUCCCUCUACCUUUCGCCUCCUCUCCCCUUUCCUUCCCCCCCUCCAUCACGCCCCUUCCAUCACGCCCCUUUCAUCACGACCCCUCGCCCCUCCACCCACAGCUGAGUUCGCCCUGCUGAGUCUCAACGCAGCGGCCUCUGCCCUUCCGCACGCAGACGUUAUCAGCAUCACCCCCUCUGGCCACCUGCGCAUGGCGGUGGGCAGGGACACCUUUCAACGCCUGGGGCUGCCAGGCAAGGUGUCAGCAGCAGCACCGGGCGAGCAGUACUUCAUCUGUGUGGACCUGUGUGCGCCGUCCUUUAAGCCUGGCAAGAAGCUGCACGACAAGCCCGGCAUUGGCAUGAAGCUGCACGACAAGGUCCUGGAGCGAGUGAGUGAGCUCAUCCCCGCGUCACUGGACUACCUCUGCCUCUUCACACGCGACGGUGUGCCCCAGCCCGCUGACUUCCCUCAGCCAAUCACAGCCCGCCACGUGCCCUUCUCCGCCAUCCACCGAGCCCUCUCCCCUGCCUGCCUGCCGAAUGCUGACAAGCUCUUCGAGAUUGCCACGUCAGCAAGCGAUGGAGUGGAGGAAGGGGUUGGGGAGGGGAGAGCGGGCAGCGCAGGCAUGGCAGCAGCGGGGGAGAUGCAUGAAUGGAUCGGAGCAGCUUCUUGUGGCAUGACACGACACAUGAACGAGUGUGCGCGCAGGCUCAACACUGCCCUGGGCAACAUACCCUCGCACACCACAUCAGCCACCCCUCCCAUGACAUCAGCAGCCAGUGGUUCGGUUCACUCGCUGCGAGUGUGUGGGCCAAUCAACAGCUCACAAGUUUGCCUUGGGUUGAACUCGCUUGUCAUUCGUUUACUCUUGCUCCCUGCGCUCUCUCUUCCUCCCUUUCUCUCCCUCCUUUUCUCUCACCCCCUUGCUGUCGCUCCCUUUCUCUCACUCCCUUUCUCUCCCUCCCUUUCUCUUUCUUCUUUUCUCUCCCUCCCGCAUCCCCACUCCCUGUUUCCUCUGCUACAGGUCCUAGUGCUCAUCGAUGCUGCCAGGUAUCCUUCCCUCCCUCCACCCACUCUGCCUUUCAUUUCUCUCCCAUUGAUCCUUCCGCUGUCACCCUCCCUCUCCGCCUUGCUUUCAUUCUCUCCCCUUCCUAUCCUCCCCGUCUUUCAUUCUUUCACCCAUUCUCUCCCUCGCUCCUCUCAUUCGUUUGCGUGCUACCCCAUUGUUGAACCCACCUGUCCCCAAACACCCCCUCAUUCCCAUGCGGCAAGCAUGCAGGGCCACUCUGAAGCACCACAGUGCCGCCUCCUCCCCCUGUCCUUCCCCGUACGCUUGCACGACACGGCUGCUUGCUUGCACGACACGGGUGCUUGCUUGCACGACACGGCUGCUUGCUUGCACGACACGGGUGCUUGCUUGCACGACACGGCUGCUUGCUUGCACGACACGGCUGCUUGCUUGCACGACACGGCUGCUUGCUUGCACGACACGGCUGCUUGCUUGCACGACAUGGCUGCUUGCUUGCACGACACGGCUGCUUGCUUGCACGACACGGCUGCUUGCUUGCACGACACGGCUGCUUGCUUGCACGACACGGCUGCUUGCUUGCACGACACGGCUGCUUGCUUGCACGACACGGCUGCUUGCUUGCACGACACGGCUGCUUGCUUGCACGACACGGCUGCUUGCUUGCACGACACGGCUGCUUGCUUGCACGACACGGCUGCUUGCUUGCACGACACGGCUGCUUGCUUGCUAGCGCCACCACUCCGCUCUCCCAUCUCUUUCCCGCCCUGA